AUGCCGAAUCAUUUCAACCUGGAGGAUUGUGAAAGAUUCCUCCACGACGAAAACCAGUUUAGUCCAGGAGCGUCGAAACGCAUCGAAAAAUACCUUCAAAUUUCUCGAGAAGGCCUGGACGAGUUUUUGAUUCGAUUCCCAGAGAUGAUUCGAAACGAAGAUCAAUUGUUCUAUAUCGUGCGAUUUAUGAGGGCCCAUCACAAGUUCGACACGCAAGAUCACGAAAGAAUUUUCAACAGUAACCUGUUUACAACGAUGGAGAGAAAAGUGACUGAGCUACUCGCUGUUGUGGAGCAAAAAGACCCACACACGUAUUGGUAUUUGAUGCAUGCCCUGCAGUCAAAACAUUCCCCUUUGUAUGAGCAUCUCCACGGAUCUAUAAAAUGUUGUGUGUGUAAAGAUAUAAAACAUAGAGAGAAAGAGGAGGAGUUACAUUUUUCAGAUUUGGAAAAUGAAGGGAAAGUAGUAGUCCCCUUACUUAAAGCUUUGUGUGAAGCAAUUGAGGACAAAGUCUCCACUGGAAGAUCGUUCAUCGAAAAGAUGAGAACUGCGAGGCAAAGAAAGAAAGGUAAAGCUUUAGUAACAAACCGAGCUACCUAUCCUGUAGAUGAUGUUGUUGAGCCUGAGGAUGAGGACUACAUUGAUGCCUCGGAAGACUUUCCUCCACAGCACUCUCACAACGUCGAAUCUAUUGAACCCAAGAAACUCGAAAAAGUGAAAGAUAUCUUGAAUCCUACAAAAGACUGGACACCAAAGUUGGCAGAAGAGAUGCUCCGCACUUGUACCAGGAGGAAGCGAGCCUACAAAGCUGCUUUCAUAGGCUUGUCAGCGAUCACCCUCUUCAUUUUCCAUUCACUUCCGGCAUUUGAUUUUUUGUUUCUGUUUAUUUACUGCAACUUUUUGAUCAUGGUUAUAACCCUCUGA